CUCAUGUUGAUCGUGACAGUGUACUGAGAUGUCAAAAUUUAACCAAUUAACUUCUUGCUUAUUACAAUUUGUGUUACACAUUUAAAUCGAAAUUAAACCAAAGCAAAAUACCUAAAUGUUUGCAAGACUAUUCGGAAUUCGUCAACUGACCCAAGCGAUCAAAACCCGGAUAAAUGCCAUUGAAACGAGCAUAUCGAACAAACUAGUUUUCCCGGAAAAAUACAAGGGAACCAUUUACGAAAAAUGGGCAAGAUACUGGCAACAUUUGGGAAUCGAUUACAAGGAUGUUUUCGUCAAUGUCAUCAAACAAUCGAGAGAGAAACCAAUUCUCGCUUCAAUUUAUUGUACGACCGGCGGCACGCUGUAUUACUGCAUGAAGAAUAAUCCGAGCGAAGAAGAUUUUCGCAUUCAGUUGCGAAACUACAAUGCCGAUUGUGUAAUGGUGCAUGAUUCCUGUUUGAAAGAAACGUCCACGGACUACAUAAAAUUCGUUGAGAAAUGCUACAAUCAAGGCAUCGUGCGAUACUUGAGUCUGGGAUUCAUUUCGUUUCUGUGGUUGGACAAUUACGACCGGGACGCGUCAUUAUAUAAGGCAGUGUGCGAGUACACUGACGCACAGUACCUGACCUUUCACGAAAGGGUGAUUGACGUUGGCUUCAUGAACAAGUGGUGGAAUCUGAGCAGGAAGAUGACUGAUUACGAUGUAAAUUUUUAGACGAAAAUUAGUGAACAAGAAGUGCGUGCUAAGGU